CAGCUCGGUUCAGUCCUGGGCAGCCAUGGCAGAAAUAAAGACUGGUGUCUUCGCCAAAAACGUCCAGAAGAGAAUCAGUCGGGCUCAGGAAAAGGUCUUGCAGAAGUUGGGGAAGGCUGAUGAGACAAAAGAUGAACAGUUUGAGCAGAGUGUACAGAACUUUAAGAGACAGGAGUCAGAGGGUGCCAGGCUUCAGAGGGAAACCAAGGCAUAUAUAGCAGCUGUGAAAGGAAUGCAACAGGCCUCCAUGAACCUGACAGUAUCUCUGCAUGAAGUGUAUGAGCCUGACUGGCAUGGCAAGGACGAUGUGAUGACUAUCGGCAAGAACUGUGAUGAAUUAUGGGAAGAUUUUCAUGAGAAACUGGUGGACUCAACGAUCAAUGCACUGGAGACAUAUUUAACCCAGUUUCCUGAUAUCAAGAUUCGAAUAGCAAAGCGAAGCAGAAAAUUAAUCGACUAUGACAGUGCAAGGCACCAUUAUGAGACCCUACAGGCCUCCGCCAUAAAGAAUGAAAGAAAGAUCUCAAAGGCAGAGGAAGACUUGAAAAAGGCCCAGAAGGUGUUUGACGAUCUGAAUGUGGAUCUGCAGGAUGAGCUGCCCACUCUCUGGGACAAUCGAGUGGGAUUUUAUGUGAACACCUUCAAGAGCAUCAGCAGCCUGGAAGCCAAAUUUCACAGAGAAAUCUCCAUUUUUUGUCGUAAGCUGUUCGAGGUGAUGAACAAGCUGGCAGAGCAACAUUCAGACAAAAUGUUCACCAUUCAAGGAGCACCCAGUGAUUCCGGCCCCCUUCGCCUGGCCAGAACCCCAACUCCUCCGGAUGAUGAGAGUUCAGAGGAUAGCCCUACUGUCAGCCCCAAUCACACACUCAGGCCAACGUCACCUGGCCCCCCUCGACCGAAAUCUCCCGCACAGCUCAAGACGGGACCUCCAAAACCUCCUCCUCCCAAAGUCACUCCGUCCAAGGAGGUUCCACACGAGCAAAUCAUUAAUCUGUUUGAUGGAGGCUUUCCUGAGAUCAGUGUCACCUCACCACAGACAAAUGAGAACCCAACAGAAUCUCUUUUGGACCUGGAUUUUGAUCCUUUUAAGCCGGACGACAAUGCAACCACCGGUCAGACCCAGGCAUCUGCGUCUCAGGCACUGCCUUGGGAUCUUUGGACGGCAAAUACUGAAGCCCAGCCUGCCCCAGACGCUGGCUUUACUGCAGACUGGACGGCUGAUUUCGGAUCUGGUGCUGAGGAUUUGAGUGGAGUUCAGCCAGCGACAGAUGGGCAAGGUUGGCCUUCUGCAGAAGGAUGGCCGGCAGAGACAGCGCCUCAAGGAGAAGAAACCACGGGCGAGGUCGAUUCCUCAGCUCCAGCUUUUGUGGCAGAUGUUGUGUCUGAAACUGAGGCCCCUAAAGAGGCAGAAACUGGUACAGAAGCAGCCCAAGGGGCAGAAGGGGAGUUGACCACUUCCCCAGAGGCUGAGGCCAAUGAAGGUCCUGCCACUACACCUCCUGCAGACACCACAACUGAACCAGCAGAGAUCGAGGCUGCUACCAGCCCGCCUGCAGAGAUUGAGUCUACCACAGUGGAGUCUGAAGCUGUGGAACCUGAAACAGCAGAGCAGACUGAGACCACAACAACUGAUGAUACUGAGAAGGAGCAACUCAGCCAGGAAGCUCCGGAAUCUGCUCCAGUUGCAGAAACAGGAGAGGACCUGCCUGCAGUGGCUCUGGCUCCUGCAGAAGAUAAAGAGUCUCCUAUUGACGAGGCUCCGAUUAUAGAACCCAAACCAGAUGACACCAGUAUGAUAGAGACCAAACAUGAAGACGGAGCCGGUGCAGUAGAAAGCAAACCAGAGGAUGGAGCUGGUGCAGUAGAAAGCAAACUAGAUGAUGAGGCUGGUACAGUAGAAAUCAAUACAGAAGAUAAAGUGGGUACGGUAGAGACCGAAGCUGAGAAUGACUCUGGUACAGUAGAGGUCAAACCAGAGGAAGAAACCAGUAAGGAAGGGGCUGCAAAGAAUGUGAAACUGGAGGAGAAAAUGUCAAUACCGUCCGUGAUAAUAGAACCUGCUUCUAGCAACGAGGGUGACGAUGACCGAGACGGUGACAUCACAUCUCCAACUAUCACUGGAGACGGAGUGACACCGGACAGUCAAAUGGCCAAAGACAUUUCCUCACCGGACAUGCCUCCAGGCUUCAUGUACAAGGUUGAAACCAUGCAUGACUUUGAGGCUGCAAACUCAGAUGAGCUGGAUCUGAAAAGAGGAAACAUUGUUCUUGUUGUUCCCACAGAGCUGGUUGAAGAUCAGGAUGCUGGCUGGCUGACUGGCAUCAAGGAGAGCGACUGGCUACAGCAGGGCGCGUCUGCUCAGAAAGGACUGUUUCCAGAGAACUUCAUACAGAGACUGGGUUAAAGCCUCAGAGCAUGCUGGGACAGUGCAUGAGAAAGCCGAGAGCUACAGACAGACAGAUCUACCCGACUGGCUGCUGUCAAACAGAACAAACUAAUAAAUAAUCGGAUCAAAAAGGAAAUCUUCAAACGAUGGAACACGCAGAGUUCCUCGGCGUUUAAAUAACACAGCAUGAUGCGAUAGGUCUUCUACCCCAUUCUUAAACCGAGAACUCAGUGUUUUAGUUUGUUCACUUGUAAGCAGAAGCGAAUUGAUGUGUGCUUUUUUGAAACUGUGGUGACCUCCACGUUUAAUCCCUGUCUGUUUAAAGGAAAACAAAAAUGAAAAUUCUUCAGCGCUUUAAAGGCAAAAAAAUGUUGUAUCGUACUGAGUUUGUUGCCCUGCAGCAAAUCUUAUCAGAAUUUGUAGUGCUAUGAUAUAUUUAACCGUUCUAAGUGUUAUGCAAGACUUCAAUGUUUCCUUUAAGACCAACCUAAAUGUUCCCUUGCAUCGUUGUUAAUGUUUUCUGUAGUUUUCUAUGGCUGGACACGUACAGCUUCGGUGAUAAUAUCUGAGGAAAUAAAAAAAAAUCAACAUAUUGUGAACUUAGUAUUUAUUAUAAGGCUCAGUCUUUGUGACAGAAUGGCAGAUAGAACCGUGUAGUACUAAGGACGCAAUUUCUACAUUCAAGACUUUUUGUGCUCCUGCCAAACUAGGUAUAUCCAAAGCUGGAGAGCACAAACAUGGAAGUCUGUACACAAAUUAAGAAUGUGCAAUGUCUGGCAAAAAGCAGCUCUAAAUACAGCUUCCUUAUAUCCACACUUACAUAACCAGUAAAAAAAAAAAGAUCUUGUGGACGUACAUGACAAAGGUGUUGCAUAAAGUUUUAUGUUAUGAGAAAUUCUAUUUAUUUAACUUUAUAUUUUUAAGAUAAAGCUGACUGGGAGAAUUUUGGGAUGCGAUAUCUGCAAAAUAUGCAAUAUGUGUCGUUUGGUUUAAACAGUAACCAUUGUCGUGAUUGUCUAGAGGUAAAAGUCACUCUUGUGUUUGUACUGUUAGGUUUCACUGUAGAGAAUUUAGUGAAGCACAUUUGUGUGUUCAUUUAUCUGUAAAGUAAAUAAAAAAUCUUUAUCUGGUUCUG